AUGUCUGCCUUACAGAGAAUAAGGAUUGCAGCCCGUCUGCGGCCCCGAAUUGAUGGCGAGGUCGAAGAUACUUCCAUUCAAGUCAUCCAUUCAGACCAAGCCGCAUCCUGCAUCAGCAUCGCCAACCCAAGAGAUCCUACACAAGUCUUCAAAUUUCCUUUCUCGUCGUGCUAUGACCAAUCCUCCACACAGGAGGAAAUAUUCGAUAGAGAUGUGCAACCCUUGAUCAAUGUUGUUUACAGUGGCGUUACAGUUACGAUCUUCGCGUAUGGUGUAACGUCGUCUGGUAAAACACAUACUAUGCAGGGUAGCAAAUCUCAGCCAGGUGUCAUUCCACGAGUUGUCACAGCAAUGUUUCAACAGAAAUCAUCUCUGCACAGGUCAAAUGUUUCCCUGGCUGUGUCUUAUAUGGAAAUAUACAAGGACGAAGUUUAUGACCUUUUAGUAAAUAGGGAAACCGCUCCCAAGCUACCAGUACGAGAGAACGACGUGGGCCAAGUUUUCGUUGCCAACCUUACCUCAAUUCCCAUUAAUUCAAUAGAAGAAUUUGACGCCAUUUAUUUACAAGCCUCGAAACACCGUUCAGUAGGAUCAACAAAUUUGAAUCAUGCAUCAUCCCGGUCGCAUGCCGUUUUAACAAUUGAAGUGACCAUGACAGAUUCUUCGGAAGAGAAAACAUUGACAGGAAAGAUCAAUCUAGUCGACUUAGCUGGUUCAGAAAAUAACAAGCUGACUGGCAACGAUCCCACACGCAUGUCUGAAUCUUCAGCAAUCAACAAAAGCUUAAGUGUUUUGGGACAAGUGGUUCAUGCCCUAAACCAAGGAGCUUCUCGUAUACCAUAUCGAAACUCUAAAUUAACUCGAAUACUUCAAGAUGCGCUAGGUGGAUCGUCCGUAGGAUUACUCAUAUGCAAUCUUGCUCCAGGCGUCAAAUUCCGACAGGAUACCCUUAAUACUCUCAACUUUGCAGUACGAACGAAGAAUGUAGAAAAUAGACCUGUCAUCAACGAACGUAAUAACAAGCCAAAACCAAAGCCACACUUUGCUGCCAUUCAACCACCACCGCCCAAGCUUGCACCUGCCGUACUGCAACCGGUAUCGACGGCCGGUUCUAGUAGUGGACCCUCCCGACAGUCUCUUGUUCCUGGUCCCAGGCAGAGUCUUGCGGGAUUCUCCCGAGUGCCACGCGUCAGUGGCUUCGGGAUUGGCCCUUCCACCUCUUUACCGACAAGAUUGAGAUCUUCCGGUGGCGUCGCCGCUGUGAAAGAAAAGGAACCCGGUGGGAUGCAGCUGACAGAUAAGGAUAUCGACGAAAGAAUAGCAAAAGCCGUUGAAAUGGAAGUCGCGCGGCGGCUGGAAGAGCGGGAGAAGGAACGGGUCAAAGACGAAGAAGAACGGCGAGCAAAGGAGCAAGCUGCUGCAGAACAGGAAAAAUCGGCAUCUUUCGAUCAAAGAGGGGAUCAGAAGUUGCCUCCGGGUAUCCUUACGCCUUUGCUGCGAAAGCAUAGAGACCUUGAUGACGAGCUCAAGACGCGCUUAGAAGAGCUUGAGGAGAAGUUUGAACGAGGUAAUAAGGAGACCCAACUUGCCGAUGUAUUGUCUCCCCUGUCGAAAAAGAAGACAGGGCGAGCGUAUGUGGCGCUGGCGCGCGCUCAUUCCGAAAAAGGCGACCUGCAAGUAGCCUUGGAGCUUUAUCGAAAAGCAGAAUCAUAUGUCCCAGACAAUAUUAAACUGAAAGAGAGAAUCAUCGAAAUUGAAUGGGCAGCCAAGAACAACAAGGAAUUUGUGCCUUCACCGAAGAAGGUGAAGAAGGUUAAGACGAAAAAAAGAAAAGAUGUUAAAGGCGUGGCCGACGGUCUCGGACAUGCGCAGGGGGGACGGGAGUCGGAUGUAUUUGACAACGGGAAGGGGAAAAGAAAACAGGAUGGCCCUAGUUUUGGAAUAGAGGUGACGAAUAGCCCGUUCAAGAAAAUCAAGACAGAAGGUUGGGAGGACAGCAUUGGUACGCCCCCGGGUCAAUAUCAUAACAUCAAAGCAGAGGGUAAUGACGAACUUGAGUGGGCAUCAGCGAGGAACAGCAUCGAUAUGGAGGAUGCAGCUUGA